AUGCAAGUUCCCGCUAGUAAGCGCCGGGGGCGCCCAACUAAACAGGAACAAGCAGCCCGGGCGAUCGGGAAAAUUACUAAACAUGCUGAGGACAGUAUUAAGGCAAGGUUAAGAAACUCAGGUGAAACGGGGGUCAAAUCUCGGGAGUUUAUUAUUGACAGUAGCAAUAAGGAGAGUAUCCAAGCUAUGGAUAACGUCGCGAAGGAAAGUUGGGCUGACGAGAGCUGGGAUUUCCGAAUUGCUGUUGUUCAUGGGGCAAACAACCAUAUCGAUCGCAGGAUUCUUUGGGGCGACCUUUCUCGAUUUGUUUCGGGCCGCACUAUUUUUAUUGGUGAUUUUAAUGCUGUCAAGGGAGCACAUGAGCGUCUCAGUUUGGUUUCUCCGCAUAGGGGUUCUUGUACGGAGUUUUGCACCUUUAUUGACGAUACACAGAUGCUCGAAUCCCCGACUGAGGGUUUGAGGUUCACCUGGUCGGGUAGGAGGUUUCUCCCGAGACAUGUUGAAUCUGUUCUGGAUAGAGCUUUCUUCUCCCAAGAGUUUGCUGAUAUGUGGGACUCUAUUGUGACUUCGGCACUCCCACGUCUCACCUCGGAUCACUCUCCGUUGGUUUUACAAUGUCGACAGAAUGUCCCUACGGGUCGUAGUCAGUUUCGUUUUUUGAAUAUGUGGACUUCUCAUUCCAAUUUUAUGGACAUGGUUUUGGCUUCUUGGAAUCAAUCGGUUGAUGCUUUGUGCCCUAUUCUUCGGGUUAUGCUUAAGCUUAAGAGAAUGAGAUUGGAUCUUAGAGUGUGGAAUAAGGACAUCUUUGGGAAUGUGGAUGUUUCUAUUGCGCGAGGUCAAACGGAUUUGAUGAAUCUUCAGAAUAGAAUUUCUGAAACGGGUUAUACGGAGGAGCUUUUUGAUGCUGAGGUUAGUUGCCAAGCUAAGCUCAAUAUUGCGCUCACAAGGAAAAACAGUCUGUUGCAGCAGAAAAGUCGCGCGACCUGGUUGAAAGAUGGUGAUAGGAACACGGCUUUCUUUCACAGAAUUGCUAAAUUCAAGAAGAGGAAAACGCAGUUAACAAGAUUAUUCAUUGAUGGAGUACUGGAUGUUUAUGAUCCUACGAUUAUUGAAAGGCAUCUUAUUGACCAUUUUUCUUCGCUCUUCAAAGAUGACGGGAGCCCACUGGAGGAUCAGUUGGUAAUUGAUGCUUAUAUUGAUUCUUGUAUUUCGGAGGCACAAAAUAACAUGUUAAUUCAUAUCCCGGACGAGAGUGAGAUCGCUGCAGCUGUUUUUGGUAUGGAUGCUAAUAGCGCUCCGGGUCCGGAUGGUUUUUCGGGUAUGUUUUUUCAGACGUGUUGGAGUGUUGUUAAAGAUGAUGUGAUUUUGGCGCUCCGCCUUAAUGUGGUCGCUGCUACUCAUGUCUCGGCUAAUCAGUUUGGGUUUAUCAGUGGUCGUAGCAUCCAUGACUGUAUUAUGCUCAGCUCUGAGGGUUUUAACUGUAUGCAGCGUACGGAACGGGGUAUGAAUAUGGCUUGUAAAAUUGACAUUCGGAAGGCGUUUGAUACUAUUCGCUGGGGCUUCAUUAUGCAGGUCCUCCGCGCUAAUGGUUAUCAUGAGAGUUUUAUACGAUGGAUUCAGAUUAUCUUUGAUUCGGCAAGGCUUUCCAUUAUUUAUAACGGUCGGCUCAGUGGUUAUUUUGCGUGUACUCGAGGCGUGCGGCAAGGAGAUCCGUUAUCUCCUAUUUUGUUCGGGAUUGCUGAGGAUGUGUUAAGUAGCAUUCUUAGCAGCUGUGUGAGUUCUCGCCAUCUGGUCCCCAUGGGGUUUAGUCGUGCUUUGACUUUCCCAACUCACCUUUUCUAUGCGGACGAUAUCAUUAUCUUCUGCAAAGCUACUGUUCGUAACGCCCGGAAAGUUCAGGAUAUUCUCAAUUACUAUGGAUCGAUCUCGGGCCAACACUGCAGUCAAGAUAAGUCUAAUCUUUUCUUUGCUAGGCGUGUUCCAACUGACAGAAGGAGGGCUAUCCGUCGGGAACUGGGGUUCUCCAUUGGCAGCUUACCGAUGAACUACUUAGGUGUUCCUAUCUUUGUUGGUCGCCCAAAGGCCUCUUAUUUUAUGCCGAUUUUUGAUAAGAUUGUUAAUAAGUUUGCUAGAUGGAAAGGGAGGCAGCUUUCUAUGGCGGGCAGACUUUGUCUGGUACAAUCGGUGAUUCAGAGUUCGAUUGUCCAUUCUAUGAUGGUGUACAAAUGGCCGAAAACUCUGCUUAAUUCGCUUGACAGGAAGUGCAGGAACUUUGUGUGGACAGGGAGCAUUGAUUUGAAACCUAACUGUUCGGUCAGCUGGGGUCGAGCGUGCUCGCCAAAGGAGGAAGGGGGUUUUGGUGUUCGUUCCUUCACUUUGAUGAAUCAAUCUUAUCUUAUGAAGUUGGCUUGGCGAAUGAUAAAAGGGCAAGAUUGGGCUCAUAACAUUCUUCGGUCUAGGUACCUUAAUAGCUUCGGUUAUGCUAAACUUUCUAUUGCGAACUCUACUGUCUGGAUUGGUGUAAAACAGGAAGUGAACCGACUGGUGGAUGAUUCUUACUCCUGUAUUGAUAGGGGUGAGAGCACUUACUUUUGGAAGGAUGACUGGCUUGGGUAUAAGCUGGUGGAUAAGCUCAAGAUACCGCACUACAUGCAUGACUUCCUUAAUUUUUCGAUACAAGAUUACUUCUAUGAUGAGGUGUGGCAUUUUUCUGCCUCCUUUGUCAAUCGUUUCCCGGAGAUUGUUGCGGAUAUUCUUUUACUUCCUAUGACAGGGGAUAAAGACCAUCGAUAUUGGAAACAUUCGGUUAAGGGGGAGGUAACGGCGGCUCUGGCCUUUUCAAGUAUCUGUCAUCGUUUUCCUCAGGUUUCCUGGGGGAAGUGGAUUUGGGAACCGUAUAUUCCGGUUCGUCGCUCUAUCCUGUGUUGGAGGGUCAUUCACGGACGUCUUCCCACGUUGGAUAUUUUGAUUCGUCAAGGCAUGAUUGUUCCAAAUGGGUGCCCCAUUUGUCUUAUGGAUGGAGAAUCAAUUGAUCAUAUUAUGUGGCAAUGCGGGAAAGUGCGAUCUAUCUGGAAAGAUUUUCUUUCUUGGUUCGAUAAAGACUCUCUUUGGGAGUGUAUGGACAUCCACUCCUUUCUGGUUGCGGCUUGGAAUUCUUCUUUUAGCCCGCAAAUUCAAGCCUUAUGGAAGGCUGAUAUCCUCACGAUUAUGUGGAGAAUUUGGGACUGUCAUAAUUCGGCGGUGUUUGACAGUGCUCGGUUUGAGCCCCGUGCGGUUCUUGUUUUUGUGAAGUCUUUUUUUAAAGAGAUGGAUGGUAAUUUCGGUGCUUUGGGGAAUAACAAUAAUACUUGGUCUGACUAUUUGAUAACUAGGAGUAUUGGAGUUUCUACGCGCCCGGCUGCUCCCCCUCGCAUGGUUGAAGUUCACUGGUGGCCUCCUGUAAAUCAUUGGAUUAAAGUAAACACGGACGGUUCGGCACUGGGCGCCCCGGGUGCCAUUGCAGCAGGUGGUGUUUUCAGGGACAAGUGGUCGGUUGUGCGCGGUUGCUUCCACAUUAAAGGAGGCGUUGGAUAUGCUUUUGAAGCGGAGCUUUUGGCAGUUAUUACUGCUAUUAAUAUUGCGCAUGAUCGAAAUUGGUUGCAUUUGUGGAUUGAGGCUGAUUCCAUGUAUGUGGUGCAUCUUUUGCAGUCGAAGUCUCUUGAUGUCCCGUGGCGUUUUAUGGCGUCGUGGAAAAGUGUUAUUGAUCGUCUGCAAAAUUUCAAUUUAUUGGUCAGUCACAUUUAUAGGGAGGGAAAUAGGCCGGCGGAUAUUAUGGCCAAUGGUGAUCGGAAUGAGGGUUGGUGGCCCUUUGCCAUUAAUGAGAUCAAGCAUGCGGUGGCUACUGACAUGUCCACACAUAGUCACGUUAGAGAGGUCCGCAGGUGUGUGGGCUUUUGCUGCCGUGCAUGGGUUGCUGUGGGUGCUGGGUCAGCUGCUGUUUGUGCGUGGGUGGUUGCUUGGAGUUCGAGGUUGUUUGGGCUGGGAAGAGCGCUGCUUUCGACUGCACCAGUACCAGCAGGGGAGUCCUCGGCGACGGCGUUUCUUCGGCCGUUGGAUUCCUCCCGCUGCGUUUCCUUGGUGGGUGGUGUUCUUUGGUUGCAUGUCUUUCGCUUGUUUGUUUUUUGGUUCCGUUUUCCUAGUGCAUCAAAGCCGAGCAACUUAAGGGUGAUGGUUCGGCCGGAAUCUUUGAAGUUGCUUCACUUCCGCUUCGAUGACGGGCUCGAGUUGUCUCCGCCAUGGCCAGAUCGCGAUACCAAAUGUAGUGAAAAGUUGCAGUAA